AUGCUUUGGACGGUGGACAAGUCUCCUCAUUUAAAUGCAAGAACACUAUAAACAUCAAUGUUCGCAUUAACACCACCAGAUUACCUCAUUGGUUGUAAUUGAUAGCGUUAGAUUGUCCAAUCCAUUUGAACAGAUAGGCCUGGCAGUGAAUGAUCGUGUUUGUUUGCCAUUGACAGCUAUAGACGUCGAAUCUAUUUUGACUGGAAUGUCUGGCAGUGAUCAUUCAGUUAAAUUGUCUGAUAGCUGGUGUUUUAGGCAAAUGGAAGGUCAGUCCGUCUUUUUCUUCAUCUAGUUAGUAGAAGAAACUUUUGCAGAUAAUCCACUCUUGGGAACUAUGCAGCACAGUUCACGCAGAGAUUUGCUCCCAUUCCUUUCUUCACAUCACCUCUAUCUUUGUCAGGUUGGGGAAUUGCAGUGGACGAGUAUGUUGAAUUCUCCACCUACAGUAUGUCCAACAGGGCUUUUUUUUUUCUCUCUCGAGCCUCUGGCCUCUCCAUCCCGCCGCUCCUUCCACCGACAUGCCUCUGGUGUAAAGCAAACUCCACUCAGCCUUUCCUCUUCCUCUGCAGCCAUGGGCCCAUUUGUAUCAGCGGGGACCCUGUUCUGUGUUCUCCUCAUUAGCAGGUUGUUAGAGAGCUCCAUGCUCAAUGCAGAAGUGAAAGAAGGAGAAAUUCUGCCUCCAACCAUUCAAAAGCUGAUGAAAGGAUAUAACAAGUACCUGAGGCCUUUCUUUGACAAUGGUCCUGUGACUGUUGGUAUGAGUUUGGAUGUUGCUAGCAUUGAUACCAUAUCAGAGAUCAACAUGGACUACACAGCCACCAUAUUCCUUCGUCAGCGCUGGACAGAUGAGCGUUUGGUAUUUGAAGGGAACAAGAGCCUGAGCCUUGACGGGCGACUAGUGGAGCUACUAUGGGUCCCCGACACCUUCAUUGUGGACUCCAAGAAGUCUUUCCUUCAUGACAUCACCGUGGAGAACAGACUGAUUCGCAUCUUUCCAAACGGGACUGUCCUUUAUGCAUUGAGAAUUACAACCACUGUGGCUUGUAACAUGGAUUUGACUAAGUACCCAAUGGACAAGCAGACCUGCACACUUCAACUGGAGAGCUGGGGCUACAACAUCAAUGAUGUCAUGUUCUACUGGACCAGAGGAAAUGAGUCUGUCAGCGGCCUAGAUACUCUUCAGCUUGCUCAGUACACGGUUGAAGACCACUACACCUCUGUGUCGGAGGCUAUCUAUGAAACUGGUCACUACCCUAAGCUGGUGUUCCACUUUGAGCUGAAAAGAAGCAUCUUGUACUUCAUCUUGGAGACAUAUGUCCCAUCAAGUCUUUUGGUGGUCCUCUCUUGGGUCUCCUUCUGGAUUUCUCUGUCAUCUGUACCAGCACGAAUUUGUAUAGGAGUAACCACGGUACUGACAAUGACCACUCUGAUGAUGGGUGCUCGCACAUCUUUACCCAAUGCCAACUGUUUCAUCAAGGCAAUUGACGUGUACUUAGGAAUCUGCUUCAGCUUUAUCUUCGGAGCCCUGAUCGAGUAUGCUGUGGCUCACUUCUGCACCCUCACUUAUAGUGACACACACAUGCUCAUGUAUGGUCACCAAAUGCACAACUUUGAUGACGAGAUGAAUGGCAUCGUCACCACCAUCUCCAGCCACUCUGACAGGGCCAAAAGACGCAAGGAGCCAGACCCAGGUCCAGCCGCUGCUUCCGCCUCCAACGAAUUGGCAAUCGACCCAUCCAGCCCGACAGGCAGUGAGCCCAAGCCUGAGGCGCCCCCUCCAGAACCUACCAAUUGGUGUCUAACUGUUCUGGCUACCCUUCGCAAACUUCUCAGUUUCAUCAGCUGCUGUCACAUCAAUAAUCCACACCACAUAGACAACUACUCAAGAGUCACCUUCCCCUUAUCAUUUGUCAUUGUUAAUCUUCUUUACUGGACGUAUUAUUUGUACUUUUAGUAUUUUAGACAGGGCGUAUAUUUCACUGUACGUACAAGUGUGACUUAGGUGUGGUUCUGAGGUGAGUUUUUACGAUUUAUAAGCAGCAGAAUAAUGAUAAUGAUACAAGAUUGCUAUUUUCAGGUGAUAAAGGGAAAGUCUUCAAGGCUACUAUUUUAGUUCAACGCUGCUGUUUUAGCCUACUUAAGGCUGACUGGUGAGGUCUGACACUUCGAAAAAAACUGACAUGAAAAGGAAAAAGUGCUUCAAAGAUGAAAACCAUUUGGUUUGCAUAUUUCUCAUUUUAGCACAGGUAUUCGGUAACACUUUACAAUAAGGGUCCCUUAAUUAACAUUAGUUAAUGCAUUUUUAGACAAAAACUAAUGCUCAAGUAACAUUACAAUAAUUAAUAUAAUUGCUUAUCUAACAUUUAUUAAUAUAUUAAUUAACAUGAGUUAAGGGUCUCUUAAUUAACAUUAGUUAAUGCAUUUUUAGACAAAAACUAAUGUUCAAGUAACAUUACAAUAAUUAAUAUAAUUGCUUAUCUUACAUUUAUUAAUAUAUUAAUUAACAUGAGUUAAUGCAUUAGCUAAUACGUUAGGUAAUGCAUUAGUUAAUUCAUAACCAGACAGUAACUAAUGGUUUGGUAAAAUAAAAUAAAAUAAAAAAUAUAGGCCUACACAGGGGAUGACCAGGUCAUGGACUUAUCUCAUUCAUCUACUGUUUCUGACUGUGUAUCAAAAUGACUCUGUAAAGCCCUCUGAGACAAACCUGUUGCGAUAUAGGGCUAUACAAAUAACAUUGAAUUGAAUUGAAUUGGAUAUUGUGUUAGGGUUAGGGUUUGUUAACUUAGCUAGCAUUUAUACUUUAUUAGUUAAGGGACACAUGUGCUACACUUUACAAUAAGGAUCCAAAAAGCAUUCAGUAAUGGUUAAUGAAGGUUGGGGGGGGCUUAAUCAUUAAUAAUUUC